GGGAGGCGGAGCCGCGGGGUUGGGAGUGCGGGGGUCGCCGCGCAGAGUGGGAGCCGGAGAGGGAGCGCGGCUGCAGCCGGCGGCAUGGCUAGCACGGCUUCGGAGAUCAUCGCCUUCAUGGUCUCCAUCUCGGGCUGGGUACUGGUGUCCUCCACGCUGCCCACCGACUACUGGAAGGUGUCUACCAUCGACGGCACGGUCAUCACCACCGCCACCUAUUGGGCCAACCUGUGGAAGACGUGCGUUACCGACUCCACGGGCGUCUCCAACUGCAAGGACUUUCCCUCCAUGCUGGCGCUGGACGGUUAUAUCCAGGCAUGUAGAGGACUUAUGAUCGCUGCUGUCAGCCUAGGCUUCUUUGGUUCCAUAUUUGCGCUCUUUGGAAUGAAGUGUACCAAAGUCGGAGGCUCCGAUAAAGCCAAAGCUAAAAUUGCUUGUUUGGCUGGGAUUGUAUUCAUACUGUCAGGGCUGUGCUCAAUGACCGGCUGUUCCCUAUAUGCAAACAAAAUCACAACGGAAUUCUUUGAUCCUCUCUUUGUUGAGCAAAAUGCCUUUCACAAAGAAAAGUCCUCCAUGAUUUCAACAAAAUCCAGUUGGAUCAAGGAAUUAUCAAGGCCUGAGAACUGUAGAUACCAUCAGAUUCUAAUUACCCACAAUGGUAGAAAAGGGGCAUAAAAAUGACAUGACACCCAAAAGAACUCAGACCUCAUUUAAACAAAACACGCUUGUAUAAAAACCAGUAUAUUAACUAACAUGACUUCAUUUGGUUUCCGUUUAUCAACACCUUCUAGUAGAGGGGAUAAAAACUGGGAAGAUGAAUAAGCUAUAAAUUGGCUAUCAGCACAGAGUGAACUGAUUUCCUAGGUCUGAAAUGUCAUCUUUAAAGCAAUAUUUUAUUUUGGCUUAUUCUAGGGAUAGCACUUCUUUGGCUAGCAUUUUCUGGAAUUUGAUAAUUGGUGCUUCUGGUUUUGUUUGUAUGUGAACUUAGAGAGGAAUACGUUGUAGAAUCAAAGCUUGUGGCAGGGCCAGCCCUAGGUGUGCUGGGAUGUGGAGGAUGCCACUACAGGGAUGUUCUGACUAUGUCUUUGGUGUCUUAAUCAGCUGGCAUGAGAAUUAAGUUCCUUGAGGUCAGAAAACGUCUAUACAACUGUAUCUUCUCUCCCUAGCACAGUACCUAGAAGUGAAAUUCUUAUCUGUAGACCUAGUCCUUUCAGAAUUAGCAGAGAUAAUUGUUGUCUCAGUGGAUAGAGGGAGCCUCCCAAAGGAUGGAGCAAGAAAGCUCUCUUCUUCCCACUAUUAUCUUACAUUAAUCUUACAAAAACUAGCUGCCACUAAAUACCAUCUCUCCCUGCAGGAGCAUGUGUGUUUGGGCCCUUAGGAAGCGCAGUGAGAGACAGCGACUUGUCACAUGUUCUAGUUUAAAUUUCUGGUGAGCAAAUACUUGCUCUCCAAUACCCAACCCCUAAGGAAAAGAGUUUAGACCUCAGAGCAUGGUUUGUUGUUCUUGCUUUGCUGCUGCUGUUGUUUUUCCUUCAGAUUUGUAUGCUGUGUUAAUUGGAUCUUCUUUGUAGAUUCCCAGGACAACUCUAUAUAAGGCACAUCUUGGUUGCCCAAGUUAGGAAAACACAACUAAGCCCAUGGAACCAAGUUCCCACUACAUUCCUGCUAUAUGCAAAGAACUCAACAGGAGCUUUGUUGAUGAGGAAAAAACGAGUGGCUUCUAGCAUGGAGUUGGAGUAAAGAUUGCAGCAGGCACAUAACAGGCAGUGUUGCACUUUAUGUUCAGUGGCUAGGUCCUCUAAAAGUCCUUCCUUUCCCACCACAUAUCUGGGAAGAUUUUUCUUCCAAGCUACAAUCAUUUGACAGAACUGCAAUCUGUAAAGAGUUUCAUCGUGUUCUGCUAUUUCUCUAUUUUUCCCUUUUGUUUUGCUUUUUUUCAUUCGAGCUAUGACUAUGUUUGAUGACUCCACCAUGAGCUCUUGCAGAGCCUUGAAAAGUGUUUUUCAACUCUUCCCUUUAGGCUGUGUCAAACUAACUUCCUCCUUUUUAUUAAAACAAAAACUAACAAAUCUGAAAAAAAAAUCUCCUACAAGCUUCUAGUAAUAGGUACUCCUUAGCAUGAUUCACCAUACCAGGAUGUUGAAAUUUAAUUACGUUAUUCCCACCAUUGUUUUGUUGUCCGAACCACUGACUUUCUGAAUGUCCUGCUUUGUUUUCUUAGAUAAACCAUUGCAAGUAAGAAUUGAUCAACAUUAAGAAACUUCUUUUCAAAUCAUGCAAAGUUAUACGACUUCACUGAUUGCUCUGGUUGAGGAAGUAGAACAGAAUUGUUAUCUUAGACUUAUUCUUUUUUUUUUUUUUUUUGAGACAGAAUCUCGCUCCUUUGCCCAGGCCAGAGUGCAGUGGCGCUUUCUCGGCUCACUGCAAGCUCUGCCUCCCAGGUUCACGCCAUUUUCCUGCCUUAGCCUCCCGAGUAGCUGGGACUACAGGCGCCCGCCACCACGCCCGGCUAAUUUUUUGUAUUUUUAGUAGAGACGGGGUUUCACUGUGUUAACCAGGAUGGUCUCCAUCUCCUGACCUCUUGAUCCGCCCGCCUCGGCCUCCCAAAGUGCUGGGAUUACAGGCGUGAGCCACCGCACCCGGCUCUUUUUUUGUAUAUGAGAUUUACCAUUAAUAUUUUGGCCCAGAUGUUCUUAUGUUGGGGUCUUAUCAUCCUCUAGGCUUUUUUAUUUCCACGCUUUUCAAAAUCAUGUCACACUUCUCAUUCCUGGCAUG